AUGUGGGCCACGCUGCAGGCUGCACUUUGCCUGGAGAAUUUCUCCUCCCAAGUUGUUGAGAAGCACAACAAGCCAGAGGUAGAAGUCAGGAGUAGCAAAGAACUCCUGUUACAACCUGUGACCAUCAGCAGGAAUGAGAAGGGAAAGGUUCUGAUUGAGGGCUCCAUCAACUCUGUUAGAGUCAGCAUUGCUGUGAAACAGGCUGAAGAGACUGAAAAGAUCCUUUGCCACAAAUUCAUGCGCUUCAUGAUGAUGAGAGCAGAGAACUUCUUCAUCUUGCGUAGGAAGCCUGUGGACUUUGUGAUCCAUUUCAUGGAGGAGAUUGAUAAGGAGAGCAGUGAAAUGAAGCUGUCCGUCAAUGCUUGAGCUCAUAUCGUGGCAGAGGAGUUCCUCAAGAAUUUUUAGAGCAUAUGACUGGAUCUCUGGCUACUCCCUCCUCUCAUCCUCUCUCCUCUCUCUGCAAAGUUGCCCUGGCAGAGCUUGGAAGAACACUGUGGCAAAGGGAGGGACAGGGCUUGGGGAUGCUGGGCACAGGC